AUGAACACCUUAAAUGCAAUUCGAUUAUUAAAUAAUGAAGGCUUAAUAAGUAUUAAUGCAAAUCAGUUUCUUGGAGAAGCAUUAGUUGUAAGAAAUAAUGCUGGAGGUGAUAAUACAAUAACCGGUGCUAAUAUUAUUCCAGUGGGUACAUGGGAUAAAGAUUGGAGUAUAGCUAGAGGGCAUCCCGCACCUAUAGAAAUUCCAUCUCCAGCCAAUUAUACAAAUGCUGGUGCAGGUAAUUCAAUUGUUGCAUCUGAAAUGACUCUUGGGCAAUUUUUAUACUGCCUUGAAAAUCUUUAUCCCAUGAUUGAAGCACAAAAAAAUUUGCUUUUCUUCAGUCAGAUUGUGCAAGGAGGUAUGUCAAUACUCAAGUAUAAUGCCAAGAUAUCAAAACUCAGAAAACUUGCUGGAUUACCAGAAUCAAAAAUGAGAGAGCAAUAUAUUCGGGAAUUAAAUCCUAUGAAUCAAUACAAAGUUCGAAUGAUGGCUAAAUACCAUGAUACUAGAGAUAAUAUUAUAAAAGCAUUAGUUGAAGCAGAAAAAUUUUCACUACUACAAGGCAAUUUUCCAUUUCCACCUUCUGGAGCUCAAUUGGUCUCACAAACUACCUCUUCUAAACCUCAGGAGAACCAAAUUACACUUUCACAAGACAAUUUCAAAAAAAUUAUAGUGGGUUUGAAAGGAACUAUUGCUAAAGGACAUCAAACUUUAAAGAAACCCCCUGGACCAAGGAAACGAAAAGCUAAUAAUCUUGCUAUAAACCAUUUUUUAGAUAGUUUUAUUGAUGACACAGAUUUACCAGAAGAAGCUUAUGACUAUGAUUCCAUUGAAGAUUUGAGAAAACAAUUUGAGGAUUUGGAUAUCAAUUAA